CUAUGUGGUCUGUAGUACGUGUGAGAAGAGGUCCCACUCCUCAUCAAUAUAGUGAGUUGUCAGAUUCGUGUAAGAUUGCGCAGAUGUCCACGCAUCACUUGUAAUGCCCACCCUGACUGCUGACUGAAGCUUACUCUUCACGUUUUCUUUGACUGACUGGUGCAUGUUUGGGAUAACAGACGUUUGCGAGACACCGUAACAUAGUGAGCCUCUGUUACUUUCAUUAGCCGCCUGAAGCACUCGUUUCCAACGACGGAAGACGGGCGCAUAUCUUUGCAAAUGAAGCCCGCGAUCGCUUCAGUUAUUUUGACAGAGCGUGCAGAAUUACCCGCUAGUGGUAAAGUUCGCUCGAGUUUCAUUUGUUGUGGCCCGGUGGAUGGCUUGGACAGGAGCGCUGGGUGAUGUCGCGUCACGUGACUCGUGAGCCUCCAGGACGGACGGAGAGCGACUUCGCUGCAGUGGAGGCCACUGGCUUCAGAGGGCAGCAGAUGAUGGACCUCACCGUGGUCCACAGCUGGAGCAGAGAGGGCGCUCCAGAGGAAGGUGGGCAGCUGGGAUCCAGAGGCGAGAAGCUACUUGGAGGUCCAUCCUGAGAAGGAGAGGAAGAGGAGGGCAGCUCCAGAGCAGGAGGAGAGGCAGAGGAGGCUGGUGGCUGGACUUCACCUGCAGGACCUGUCAGCACCCGGGAGAGUGAUGGCCACGCCCCUCCCUGGAGGCUCGACCUCUCGCUCUGCCAAGGUCACUCCACCAGUCACCGAAUUAAAGCCCAUUGAAGAUCUGCUUCCAGAGCUGCUCCUCAGGCCGGAGCACCUGGAAGACCCGGGAGUGGAGAAGUGGACGGGACACGCCCCCUGGACCACAGCCGCACCUCAGACCUCUGAAACUGUGGCUCAACCUGAGGCUGAGGAGCCAACGGCAGCCCAGCGCUCCAACCACUCGGUCGGUCGACCUUCCUCAGCCGGAGCAGAAGACGGGAGUCAGAGGCAGAAGGUCCAGGUCAGCAGGCCCCAGACGGACCACAGCAUCCAGCGGACCACAGAGGCCCCUUUCCCCUUCUUCUCAGACGACGACUGCCCCCCCGACUGCUCCUGCUACGGACGUGUGGUCCAGUGCUGUGGUCCAGAUGAGUGGAGCAGGCCCCGACGGCAUCCCGUCCAACUCCCGCUACAUCCUCCUGAUGAACAACCACAUCCAGGGCAUCCAGCUGGACCUCCUGAAGCACCUCUCCUCUCUGGAGUUCCUGCUGCUCACCAACAACCGCCUGACCGACGGUGCCAUCGCAGGCGCCUUUGACGGCGCCCCCGCUCUCAAGCGCCUCUUCCUGGACGGGAACCUCCUGGCCAGCAUCCCGGCAGGUCUCCCGGUCUGGAGGAGCUGCGUCUGGAGGGUAACCAGCUGAGGGCCGUGUCAGAAGGAACAGGAUGGUGAAGGUGGCGCCGGGCGCCUUCAGGUCUCUCUCCGCCCUGCAUCAGCUGGAGCUGUGCCACAACCGCCUGCGGCAGGUUCCUCGGCAGCUGCCUCCCGGCCUGCGCUCACUGGCGCUCACCCACAACCAGAUCCACAGCGUGUCCCCCGACGCCUUCUGCUGGGGCCAGGUGGCUCUGAGCGGCCUGCUCCAGGUCCGGCUGGAGCACAACCUCAGCCACAUGGGCCGGCUGGACUCCCGGGCCUUCAGGUGCUUGAGGGGCCCGCAGAUCCUGCGCUUCUACUGAACUCUGGACCACAGAGCCGGGAUGGGCGCCCCCUGCUGAGCUCUGAGAAUGAAGUUCUGCCAGGUCCCUGUGACAGGUUCACAUGUGAUUUGACUGACUUUCUCUGCUUUUCUUGAAACAUUGAUGUGGCCCUUCACAUAUUUAUGCAUUUUCAUGUGACUCAAACACGUCUGGACACAGUAUCUGCUGUUUGUUUACAACUGUCACAUGAGAGUAUGAAGAGGAUUGAAGUCAAAGCUUUUGUCUCACAAAUGUUUCU